AUGUCGAACAAGCAAACAGCGAAGGAAGCAACGAAAGGUUUCGCGAAGUUGGACAAGUUUGCUGGCCAGGAUUUCAGACGCUGGCAAAAGAAGAUGCAUUUCAUGUUGACGAAUCUGAAGGUAGUGUAUGUUCUGAGUACUCCUAUGCCCGAGGCUGUUGAAAAUGAAACUCUGGAACAAACAAGGAGACGGAUGAAGUGGGAGAACGACGACUACAUAUGUCGUGGUCACAUCUUAAACGGUAUGUCUGAUUCCUUAUUUGAUGUGUAUCAAAACGUAGAGUCUGCUAAAGAGUUGUGGGAUUCUCUCGAAGCCAAAUAUAUGGCAGAAGAUGCCUCUAGCAAGAAAUUUCUUGUUGGGAAUUUUAUUAACUAUAAAAUGGAGGAUUCGAGGCCUGUCAUGGAACAAUACAACGAAUUGUUGAGGAUAUUGGGACAAUUUUCCCAAUAUGAUAUGAAAAUGGAUGAAUCCAUUUCUGUUUCUAGCAUUAUCGAUAAACUGCCACCCUCCUGGAAAGAUUUUAAAAAUAAUCUGAAUCAAAAGAAGGAGGAGUUGAAUCUGGUCGAACUUGGAAGUGACUUCCAAAUCGAACAGUCCAUACGUGAUAUGGAAAAAAGCUCUGUUGGUAAUGGUAAAACAAUUGUUGGUUCUUCUGUGAACAUGGUGGAAGAGGGUGAAUCCUCCAAGGCUGGUAAAGAGAAACGAACAUUUCAAGGGAAAUGA